AUGGCAGUUAUAGUGGAUGGAGUAGUGUACUCGGAUGAGUCUGAAGUUCCUCAGGGGAAGUUUGGAGGCUUAUGGUGGCCUCUACGAGCAGUCAUCGACUUGUUAUGGAAGGUCUUCGGAGUGGUUAUGUUGUUCUUCCAGGGUAUUUUUGCGCCCGGCUCCAGCGCGGCUUACCGUCCUUCUAGUAGGAACGAUAAACGUGGCGAUGGGUGGAAAGGGAAUGGCGGUGGUCCUGGUGGUGGUCCUAAUGGUCCACGCAGGCCUAUGGGUCGGCCGCAUAGAGGCGAUAUGAGGGGUUUAGAAGGCAUAGCUAAGAUGCGAGCCAUGGGCGGCUGA